AUGGCCGGGUCCCGUAGCAGUCCGCCACUGUUGAGAGACCAGUGGAGCGCCGCCGACGAUACCAGAGACCACAGAGAUCCAAGAGAUCGAGGGAGGCCAAGGCCUCGAGGCUCAGAACGUGGAAGAGGGAGGGAUAGGUUCCGCGACAGAGAGCGUCGUCGCCGGUCCAAAGCGAACGUACCUCACCCCCCGUUACGAUCGCCGCCGCCUUCGCGCCCUCACCCACACCCCGACUUUGAAGGCAGCCGUUCGCAUCGUGAAUUCUCUCCUAAUAAUCCCUCCGCUCGUGGCUCACCUGGCCUUUCCUAUACCGAGCCUAGACAACGACAGCAAGAGCCUCACCAGGACUCUUCCCGACCUGUUGAAUAUCUGGGUUCAAGGCUGUCGGUUGAGAGAGCGACCGAAAAGGACUACAAGAGGGACGAGUCGCCGUCUGCACCCCCUCCCUUCAAACGAAAAAGGACACAGAGUCCACCUCCUGGACUAGGUCCCCGUUCUCGUCAGUACGACCAAGGCUAUAACUAUCCGCCUGCGGAUCAGUUCGACGAAGCCGAUCGGGGUUACCCUCAUAAGAAACGUGGUCGAUUCCCAGGUCGAGGCAGAGCGCGUCGGAGAUCUCCUAGAAGAGGAAGGGACCGACGAAGAAAGGAAUUCGACCGAUUCAACCCUUCGGAGCCUAAUUCAUAUCGAAAUCCCCGUGGACGAUUUGUCAGUCCACACCCUGAAGACGGUCCCGAGGACGAGUUUCGCCAUCGAUCGACUUCUCGACAUUCUGUUCAGUCGCGUGCUUCGAGGUUCUCAGCAAAUUCACGACGCAAUUCAAACGCGAGCACGACAAUGAAUCCAAGGCCGACGCACUCCGCAAUGAACCAUUCAUUUGGAUCUCCGUCUCCGCCUCGACCUCAUUCCAACAUUGAUGCUGAUCUUCCUAGCGCUCCUAUUGAAGGAGAUACCAGCAGUAGUCAACGAGCUCGCACCUCACGACCUCAUGUCGAUACUAACCAGAAUGCACCCUCUCCCAACAACCAGGGGUCUCCUCAAUCGACAUCUCCUCACCCUGCACGUGGGGGCUGGGCUAGUCAGCCUGCGUACUCUGGGCCACAGGGUUCCAGGCAUUCCUCGCCAUAUCGCCAGAACAAUUAUACUUCGCAAAGCGGCUCACAAGAUCAGUUUCAUCAGGGCCAGAAUCCACCAACCGGACCAUCGAAUCACGGCCAAGCAUAUUCCGGCUCAUCCUAUCGAGGUGGGCAUUCGGGAUAUCGAGGAACUUAUCAGAAUCACGGUCAAAACCGGCGAUUCUCUGGUUCCGGGCCGUCACCUCGAGGACGCGGUCGAUUCAACAAUCUACAAUGGAGCGCCCGCGGCCGGGGCGGCUCCAACAGCCCUCAUACGACUCAUGGACAUCCUUCACAAAGCCCUCCCCCUCCUGGAGCAGACAUGCAGAGUCUUGCAGGCGAGAGGGGAGAACACGAGUCUUUCACAUCUCCAAGGAGAGAUCUCCAAGAGGAAAAUAACAAUUCGAAAGCUGGCUCUGAAAAUGGGGACUCCCAGCAAGUGCCCCAACCCACGCAGCCGUCUGACACCAACUCUACGCCAAACAAAGGCGGGAAAUUCAGUUUUGCUUUCAAAGCCAAAAGCACACCUGCACCCGCUCCAAAGGCUGUGCCGGAUUUGGCACAGAGAAUGCAGGCGCGAGAACCGCCACCCCGUGUUGCUGAUGCCCCUCUUAAUCCCCGCAACAGAGUACCCCUUGGCCCACCUCCAAGAUUCAAACCGGAACCCCGUUUUGAUCGACGCGAUCGCGACCGAGAUCGCGAACGACACCGAAAUCGAGACAGAGACAGGGGAAGGCGCGACCGCCGUGAUUUCCGAGACCCGCGUGACAUUCGCGAUCACAGGGAUGACCGCGACUUUCGGAAAGACGACCGUCGAAUUGACAACCGCCAUGAAACGAGGAAUGAUGACCGGCGGCAGGAUGCUCGUCCUCCGCGUGGACCACGCCGACCCCGAGAACGCUCGCCUGACUUAAAGCCACCCAAGAUUCUGACUCGACCUAAACCUCGUCCUACCCUACCAGACGAAUACGCAAACUCUGACUCUGUCUAUUAUCGCAAGCCAGGGAACGAAUCCGUGAUCGGUGCUGGCACCUACGGAAAAGUCUUUAAAGCGAUUCACGUUUACACUCAGAAAAAAGUGGCUCUCAAGAAGAUACGGAUGGAAGGGGAGAAGGAUGGGUUCCCCGUCACAGCUGUUCGCGAAAUCAAAUUGCUACAGCACCUUCGCAACCACAACGUGGUAAGCUUGCUGGAGGUUAUGGUAGAGAGAAACGAAUGCUUCAUGGUGUUCGAAUACCUUUCUCAUGACUUAACCGGUCUCAUCAACCAUCCGACGUUCAGUCUCACCGCAGCCCACAAGAAGGACCUGGCGAAGCAAAUGUUCGAAGGCCUGAACUACCUACAUCAUCGGAGUGUGUUGCAUCGCGACAUCAAGGCUGCGAAUAUCCUCAUCAGCAAUACGGGUCUAUUAAAAUUUGCUGAUUUUGGCCUGGCACGGUUCUUUUCAAAGAGUCGUCAGCUUGAUUACACGAAUCGCGUGAUCACGAUCUGGUACCGGCCGCCAGAACUGCUACUUGGGGAGACUAGAUACGGUCCAGCAGUUGAUGUUUGGAGCGCGGGCUGUGUGUUUGUCGAGUUGUUUACGAAGAAGGCUGUGUUUCCUGGCGAAGGCGGCGAGAUCAGUCAGCUCGAAAAGCUCUACAACUCUCUGGGAACACCCACCCGGAUUGAGUGGCCUGAUAUUGUGGAGAUGCCUUGGUUUGAACUCAUGCGACCAACUGAGCGCAAGAAGAGGGUCUUUGAGGACGUGUAUUGCAAUGUACUAUCCCCAGCUGCCCUGGACCUGGUUUCUCAGAUCUUCCGCUACGAUCCGGCAAAGCGACCUACAGCGGAGGAAGUACUGGCACAUCCAUACUUUGUGUUGGAGGAGCCAGCUCCGCAACAGGCUGUUGAGUUGGAAAACAUUGAAGGUGAUUGGCAUGAGUUCGAAUCUAAAGCGCUUCGCAAAGAGAAGGACAAGGAGGCUCGUCGCGCAGAGUACCAGAGAGAUAAGGAGAAAAGGAAAGCGGCCUCAUCGGCUCCGCAGAGUGACAGAGACUCCAAACGUGCCAAGCAAGAACCGGAUGAGAACCUGCAAACCUCGGGUCAAGCUCCUGAAGAAUAA